AUGAAGUACUUGGACCUAGCCUUCUGUAUGGCCAUGAUCCCGCCUUUUCAAUGGAAUGGACGUCCAACAGAGAGAAACAAAAAUGAAAAAGCCAGAAAAACUCUAUUCGUAAUUGGCCUUAUAUUACUAGCUUACUUGAAUGUUGGCUUUCUUAUAUAUUGGAUUUUAAACGGAAGAAAAGCUUCAAAUACGCAAGAUUACGUGGCCGGAAUAUCGGAGAUGGCAGGAAGUCUGAUGCUUUCAACUGUUGCCACCUGCAAUGCAUUGGUCAUCACGAUAAAUCGACCUCAAUUCGAGGAGGUGCUUGCGAACUUGGAGGAAAUACAUCCAAAGUCAAGAGAUAAGCACUAUAGAUGUCAGCAUUACUGCAGGUUGGCCACAGGCAUUAUGAAAUGUGAGGGUAUAUAUUACACGAUCUUUGUUAUAUAUUUUAAUAUGGCACCCCUUGUGGGAAUGCUGUUCGAAUACUUGAUGGAUAAAGAGAACUUCAGUUACAGGCUGCAGUUAAACAUCUGGUUUCCCUGGAAUAUCCAGGAUUCGGUUUUAGUAUACAGUUUAACUUACCUCAGCCUUUGUUACACUUCGUGCAUAAGCGUGGCAUUCACGAUGAUCACUCAGAAUAUAAUAUGCAUAUUUACCUUUCAAUUUAAACUACAUAUUGAUGGUCUAGCCGAUCAGUUAAUCACCCUAGAUUCUCGCCAUGCAGAAGCCCAUCGGAAGUUGAGAAAGUUAAUCGAAUACCACUACGAAAUAUUGAAGCUCGGAGAGAAAAUGAAUAGGACAUUGAACAUUUCAUUUUUAGUCAGUUUGGUAUUUACCACAAUUGCCAUUUGCAUGACAAGUGUGGCUGUACUGCACCUUGAUUUGGGAUCUGCCUUCCAGUUCGUCAAUGGACUAAUUGCUUUUAUUUCCUACAACUUCAUAAUUUGCUACUUGGGCUCUGAAGUCACUGUUGCGCUAAGUGAUUUGUCCUUCAAAGAGCUGAAGCAGUUGCAAGUUCUCACAGUGGAUAUACAACCAACUUCGUUAACUCGCCUGAGAAAACAGCCGAGUAAGUUAGUACUAAUUUAUGAUUUUAUGAGAUAUCCGGACCUAGUCUGCCGAGUGGCCCAACUGCCCAGAAUCGAGUGGAAUGGCAGGAGAUUGAGAGUCAAUCGCAAUUUGGUCAAACGCUUUAUCUUCUGGUUUGGAGCUAUAAAUUUAUUAUAUCACAAUAUUGGUGGAAUCAUGUACGGAUAUUUUGUCGAUAGUAGUGCCAUGGACCCGAUCGAUUAUGUAGCAGACAUGACAGAAAACAAGCAGUUGAGUUAUCGUAUCCAGAGCAAUUCCUGGAAUCCCUGGAAGAUCGAGGGAUCAUUGCCUGGAUUUUUUGCUGCGAUUGUUUGUCAGGCUGGUUCGGCCCAAGCCAACAUGUGUGUCAUCAUUUUUACCCAGUAUCUAAUAACCUUUUUCGUCGUUCAGCUGCAAAUUCAAUUUGAUGGGUUGGCCAAGCGGAUUGAAGCUAUCGAUGCCCGUGAUCCAACUGCCAAGGAUCGGUUGAACAGUGUGAAUCAAUCCUUUAACUUUACGUUCCUCAUAAUCCUCUUCGCGUCUAUAUCUUCCUUGUGUUUCCUAGGCUUUUCCAUUAUCGUGAUGGACUUGGGCACGGCCCUAAAACAAACGAUGGGACUUCUCAUCUUUCUGUUGUACAAUUUUUCCCUUAGUCAAGAUGGUACGGACUUGAUUUUUGUGAGUGAAAAAGUGUUGUCAGCUGCCUUUUAUAAUAACUGGUAUGAGGGUGAUCUGGCUUAUCGCAAAAUGCUGCUCAUCUUGAUGAUUCGAGCUUCAAAACCGUAUGUGUGGAGAACAUACAAGCUGGCACCUGUAUCCAUUGACACCUAUGUGAAUACAUUAAAGCUUUCGUAUCAAAUGUUCACAUGCGUGCGUUCUUUAAAGUGA